ACGUCAUCGAACACGUGACCAUUAAGCGGAGCCGACCAAAAUCCCAAACAAGGAAAUGGUGGGGUAAUAAAACGAUCGGAUCAUUUAAUUAAUGCAUGUAAUAAUUCAUAUUUUAUUUUAUUGUAAAUUAAGAAAUAUUUAUGGGUUAAAAUGGACCACGACUUCAAAACGAAGCUCGCCGCCGAGAGGGAAAGAGUGGAAGAUCUGUUUGAAUAUGAAGGUUGUAAAGUGGGUCGCGGCACAUACGGGCAUGUUUAUAAAGCGAAGCGUAAAGACGGGAAGGAUGAGAAGGAGUAUGCACUGAAACAGAUAGAAGGCACUGGUAUCUCCAUGUCUGCCUGCAGGGAAAUCGCCUUGCUGAGAGAGUUAAAACAUCCAAAUGUCAUCGCCCUGCAGAAAGUAUUUCUCUCUCACAGUGACCGCAAAGUCUGGCUCCUCUUUGACUAUGCAGAGCAUGACCUGUGGCACAUCAUAAAAUUUCAUAGAGCAUCAAAGGCCAACAAGAAACCCAUGCAGCUACCGAGGGGGAUGGUGAAGUCUCUGCUUUACCAAAUCUUAGACGGCAUCCAUUACCUCCAUGCCAACUGGGUCCUGCACAGAGAUCUGAAACCUGCCAAUAUCCUGGUCAUGGGGGAAGGCCCAGAACGAGGAAGAGUCAAAAUUGCUGAUAUGGGUUUUGCCCGACUGUUUAACUCUCCACUGAAGCCUUUGGCUGAUCUGGACCCAGUGGUUGUCACAUUCUGGUACCGAGCACCCGAACUACUGCUCGGGGCGAGACAUUACACCAAAGCAAUCGAUAUUUGGGCAAUAGGCUGUAUCUUUGCAGAGCUGUUGACAUCAGAACCAAUCUUUCAUUGCCGUCAAGAGGACAUAAAGACCAGCAAUCCUUUCCAUCACGACCAGUUAGAUCGCAUAUUCAGUGUCAUGGGCUUCCCAGCAGAUAAAGACUGGGAAGAUAUCCGGAAAAUGCCAGAAUAUCCGACCCUACAGAAAGAUUUCAGAAGAACCACAUAUGCCAACAGCAGUCUUAUCAAAUAUAUGGAGAAACAUAAAGUCAAACCAGACAGCAAAGUGUUUCUAUUGCUCCAGAAAUUGCUGACUAUGGACCCCACCAAAAGAAUCACUUCUGAGCAGUCACUGCAGGACCCAUAUUUCCUGGAGGACCCCUUACCUACAUCUGAUGUAUUUGCAGGAUGUCAGAUUCCCUACCCCAAACGAGAGUUUCUAAGUGAGGAUGAACCAGAGGAGAAAACAGAGAAGAAUCAGACGCAGCAGCACCAGCAGACAGCUGCACAGACGCAGACACAAAUGCAGACACAACAGGCUCCAACACAGCAGAGCUCAGCGCAGACAAAUGGCACAUCAGGCACUGCAGGGGCCAACACGGGCACCUCCAUACAGCAUGGACAGGAACAGGGGCCACCCAACAAAAAACCUCGCACCUCAGGAACCAGUGUUCUUCAAACAGACUACCAGCACUCCAGCUCACGGCUUGGAUACCAGAGCAACGUCCAAGGCUCCACCCAGUCGCAAAGCACUAUGGGAUACUCGUCCUCAUCUCAGCACUCUCAUCAGUCUCAUCGAUACUGAUACUCAAAAACAUACAUAAGCACUUAAAAUAAAUAUUAACCACAAGCAUAAAA